AUGGCGGUGUAUUAUAAAUUUAAGAGUGCAAGAGAUUAUGAUUCAAUUGCUAUGGACGGUCCUUUCAUCUCAGUUGGUAUUUUGAAAGAAAAAAUAUUUGAAUCCAAGCACUUAGGGAGGGGUACUGAUUUCGACCUUGUGGUCACCAACGCCCAGACCAAUGAAGAGUAUCUUGAUGAAGCAAUGUUGAUUCCAAAAAAUACGUCAGUUUUAAUUCGACGCGUACCUGGACGGCCUCGCAUGCCAAUUGUUACUGAUUCAGAGCCAAAGGUGGAAGAUAAGGUGGAAUAUACUGAACCAGAAAGGACUAGCUUUCCGGCAGCUGAUUCAUCUGCCAUGAAAUAUCCUGAUGAGUCAGAUUGGGAUGAUCUUGGAGGUGAUUUGUAUGAAAUUCCUGAAGUCUUGCCAGUGCAGACAAGUUAUCAGGCUCCGGAUGUUCAGCCAACAAAUAAAGCCGAUGAAGAUAGCAAGAUUAAGGCUUUAAUCGACACUCCAGCCUUGGACUGGCAACAGCAAGGUCCUGAUGGCUUUGGUCCUGGUAGAGGUUUUGGCAGGGGCAUGGGUGGAAGAAUGAUGGGUGGACGUGGUUUUGGUCGAGGAGGAGGGGGAUUGGAGAGGAAAACACCUCCACAGGGCUAUAUUUGUCACAGGUGUAAGGUUCCUGGGCAUUUUAUUCAGCACUGCCCUACAAAUGGUGAUCCAACUUAUGACAUAAAAAGAGUGAAGCCUCCCACUGGCAUUCCCAAGUCCAUGCUGAUGGCAACCCCAGAUGGCUCAUAUGCAUUGCCAAGUGGUGCAGUAGCUGUUUUGAGGCCAAAUGAGGCUGCUUUCGAGAGAGAGAUUGAAGGUUUACCAUCUACACGGUCUGUUGGUGAUCUACCCCCUGAGCUACACUGCCCGUUGUGCAAGGAAGUAAUGAAAGAUGCUGUGUUAACGAGCAAGUGUUGCUUUAAGAGCUUUUGUGAUAAGUGUAUCCGGAACUACAUUAUGUCCAAGUCAGUGUGUGUCUGUGGGGCUACAAAUACACUGGCAGACGAUCUACUGCCAAAUAAGACACUCAGGGAUACAAUCAAUCGAAUCUUGGAAUCUGGGGGUAACAGUAGUGCUGACAAUGCUGGGAGUACUUUCCAAGUUCAAGAUAUGGAGUCUGCACGGUGUCCACAACCCAAGAUUCCUUCUCCAACUCAAUCUGCUGCAUCAAGGGGAGAAGAACUACAGAUAUCUUUGAAUAAAGAAACCCCGAAGAUACAGGAAACCGCAGAUGAGGUAAAGCCUGUUGUUGCCCCACAGCAGAUUUUAGAGAAAGUGAGGACUACAAAAGUGGCUGAUGUAUCUGAAGCUACACAUGAGUCAAUGAGUGUGAAGGAACCAGCAUCGCAAGGGAGUGCUCCACUUGUUGAGGAAGAAGUGCAACAAAGGCUGGCUUCUGGGGAGGCAGGAAAGAAAAGGAAAAAGAAGAAAGUUCGCAUGCCUGCGAAUGACAUGCAAUGGAGAACCUCGCAAGAUCUUGCAGCUGAUAACUAUGUGAUGCCUAUGGGCCCCGGUGCAUAUAAUCCAUACUGGAAUGGCAUGCAACCUGGCAUGGGUAUGGAAGGAUAUAUGGCACCAUAUGGUGGUCCUAUGCCAUAUAUGGGUUAUGGACUAGGCCCAUUGGACAUGCCAUUUGGGGGUUUUGGUCCACAGGACUCAUUCGGUGCUCAAGGUUAUAUGAUGCCCAUGGUUCCGCCUCAGAGGGAUUUGGCUGACUUUGGCAUGGGCAUGAAUGGCAUGAAUGGCAUGAAUGGUAUGAAUGGCAUGAAUGGCAUGAAUGGCAUGAAUGUUGGACCCCCUGUCAUGAGCAGAGAGGAAUUUGAGGCUCGAAAAGCUGAUUUGAGGCGGAAGCGUGAAAAUGAGAGACGAGGCCAAACCAGGGAGUUCUCCAAAGAUCGGGAAUACGGAAGGGAAGUGAGCAGCGGUGGUGGCGAUGGCGCUUCUAUGAAAUCCAAAUCUAAGUCAAUUGCUCGAUCACCAAGUCCCGACUACAGCAACAGCCACCAGCAUCGUCACAGACGCGAGAGGUCAUCUCCAGAACGAAGGCCCUCACGUGAUCCACGUGACCUGGAGCCACAGCCACCGCGUCCUCCCAAGAGAAAAUCAGACCACCACGACAGAGAUCGCGAACGCGCCCAAGACCGAGAUCGAGGUCGAGACUAUGACGAUUACCAUGAGGAUGACCAGCAACAGCGCCAGAAACGACAUCGUUCUGAUUCGUCCUCUGCAAAACCACCACCUUCCACUGAAACAACAACAGCAUCGGCCAAACCUGCCUCCUCCUCCUCUACGGCAUCAGCUGCAGCAGCUGCCGCAGCGGCGGCGGCGGCGGAGCGCAAGCACAAGGCAAGCGUGUUUUCUCGCAUAAGCUUUCCGGAGGGGGAAGUGAGCAAGAAGCGGGCUCGCGCGGCUUCUCCGGCGGCGACGGAGGAUAACAAGCCGUCGUCGGCGCAUCAUCACAAGGAGUCGUCUUCGUCAUUGGCAAAUGGAUCCGCGUACGACGAGUAUAAAAUGACGUCGUCGUCGACUGCCAAGGCUGGGAGUGGCGGAAGUGGAAGUAGAAAGGCUAUGGUUAGCGCUGCUGCUUCUAUGGAGUAUGAGUCGAGCGACGACGACAGGCACUUCAAGAGGAAGCCGUCGAGGUACGAGGCGUCGCCGCCGCAGAAGGCGGAGCAGGAAGAGUCCAGGCACUCCAGAGGCAGCACCAGGGACCAUCGGGAUCGCAGGCAUAGAUAG